UUCUUGGAAAGCUAAAAGCCAAAAGAUGGAGAAACUCUCAACCCAACUCUUGUAUUGUUUCUUCUUCAUUGUUCUUAUUGUUUUUCAGUCAUCCCCGGCAACAUCUCAAGAAGUUGAGGAUGAGACAGAGUUUAAUUAUAAAGCAGGCGGUGAGAAUGGGCCAGAACGAUGGGGAGAGCUUCACAGCGAAUGGAGUGCUUGCGAAAAUGGAUCAAUGCAGUCUCCAGUCGAUUUGUUGCAUGAGAGAGUUGAAGUAGUGUCUCAUUUAGGGAGACUUAAAAGAAACUACAAGCCCUCUAAUGCUACUCUAAGAAAUAGAGGCCAUUUAAAGUGGGAAGAGGGUGCCGGAACACUUGAGAUAAAUGGAACUGAAUAUAUACUCAACCAGGUCCACUGGCUUUCACCUUCUGAGCACACUCUCAAUGGGGAGGGAUUUGAUCUAGAGGCUCACAUGGUUCACGAAAGCACAGAUGGGAAAGUUGCAGUAGUUGGGAUCAUGUACAAAAUCGGACGACCUGAUUCUUUCUUGUCAUCGAUAAAGGAUCAUUUAGCAGCCAUUGGUGGCAGCACUGAAAGAGAUAAAGUGGUGGGUAUGAUGGAUCCAAGGGGCAUAAAGAUAGGCAUUAGGAAGUAUUACAGAUAUAUUGGCUCUCUUACUAUUCCUCCUUGCACUGAAAAUGUUCUCUGGACAAUUGUCAGAAAGGUGAGAACGGUAACAAGGGAGCAAGUGCGAUCUCUCUGCGUAGCUGUACAUGAUGAUUCGGAUACAAAUGCAAGACCGUUACAGCCAAUAAACUCGAGGUCGCUGCAUCUUUUCAGACCAAAUGAUGAUUUGACAGAAAACCCAUGA